AUGGACCUCAAGUCAAAUCACAGUGCUCCUGUGCUCACUGAUUCUGCACCCCUUAGCAAGUCAAGGCUAGGGGGCAUCAUGAAAACUGGAGUGCUUGAUGAUGUUCGCUCCAGUGGUUGGCUGGACGCAAUGAAAUCAUCAUCUCCUCCUCAUAAGAAGUUUACCAAGGAUCUUAACCAUGAGCUUUCCUCACCUGAUCCUGAAGUUGCCUAUCGCACCUGGCUGCUUAAAUAUCCAUCUGCUCUCGCUUCUUUUGAGCAAAUUGCAAACUUUGCGAAAGGCAAAAGAAUUGCUUUGUUUCUGGAUUAUGAUGGAACUCUUUCACCAAUUGUUGAAAAUCCUGAGAGUGCAUUCAUGUCCGAUGAUAUGCGUUCUGCUGUAAAGAAAGUGGCAAAGUAUUUCCCUACAGCAAUAAUUAGUGGAAGAAGCCGUGACAAGGUAUAUGAGUUUGUAGGACUCACAGAACUCUAUUAUGCGGGUAGUCAUGGAAUGGAUAUCAUGGGGCCUGUUAGGCAAUCUGUAUCCGAGGACCACCCAAAUUGUAUGAAGUCUACGGACAAGCAGGGCAAUGAAGUUAAUUUGUUCCAGCCAGCUAGAGAAUUUUUACCAAUGAUUGAUGAGGUUCUUAGUUCCCUUGUCAAGAGUACCGAAAACAUUAAAGGUGCACAAGUUGAGAACAACAAAUUCUGUGUCUCUGUACAUUACCGUAAUGUUGAUGAAGAGAACUGGACAGCUGUUUGGGAGUGUGUCCAGGAUGUCAUAAAGAAGUACCCCCGCCUGCGAAUGACUCAUGGGAGGAAGGUUUUAGAAAUCCGUCCCAUGAUCGAUUGGGACAAGGGGAAAGCUCUCGAGUUUCUACUUGAAUCACUAGGUUUCAGCAAUUGUGAUGAUGUACUCCCUAUUUAUGUUGGAGAUGACCGGACAGAUGAAGAUGCUUUUAAGGUUUUGAGAGAGAGGAACUGUGGUUAUGGCAUUUUGGUGUCCAGAUCACCAAAGGAAAGCAAUGCAUAUUACUCUCUCAGGAACCCAUCAGAGUGGGAAUUUCCUAGAACCAAAUUUGAAAUGUAUUCUUCGUUUGAUCUUGUUCUGCUAGAGUUCAAAGGCAAGAAACGGUUUUUAAAGGACUUUUUUAUAUAUGCUGUAAAAUAA